UGUGUGUGUGCAGGCAGGAGACCAGACAGCGGGAGGAGCAGUUGUCCCAGCAGACACACAUACAGGAGCAGCUGAGAGACUCCCUUACCAGGUUGUCGGGGGAGCUGAGUGCGAAGGAGGAAAGCUGGUCAUUAUGUCAACAAAAAUGUGACUCCUUGGGAAAGCAGCUGUUGGCAUGGCAACAGAAGGAGGAAGAGGCGAGCCGGAAGUGCUCCUUGGCUGAGGAGGAAGUGACAUCAUUAAGGAGAGCCCUGGACCAUAUCCAACAGGAGAACAGAGAGCUAAGGACGAAUAGUAAGCAGAUGAUAGAGGACCAUCGUAGGGCCCUGAUCAAAAUGGAGGUGGACUUCUCCCAGGACAUCAGGACAAAGCUGGACGCAGCGCUUGAGGAGACAGCUACCCAGAAUGCCGUGCAUCUGAGGGAGCGGGAGGCGGAGCUUCGGAUGGAGGCGGAGCUUGAGCUGGUGAUUGAUAAGGAGAAGAACCAGUUACUGAUGCAGCAGUACCGGAAACAGAACCAACAGCUGCAGAGAAAGUUGGAACAGUUGGAGGAGGAGUCUCAGCGCCUAGGCAACGCCGCCUCUCGUCUGGGGGAGGAGCUACACCAGGAGAGGCGGGCCCGGGGGGAGGAGCUACGUCAGGCCCUGCAGGACUCCCAGCAGCAGGCAGCGCUAGAGCAGAGCCAGUCCAGAGCUCAACUGCUGCUACUGAGGGAGAGGAACUCUGAACUACUGGAGGAGGUGGCGUUCCUGCAGGAGACAGUGAGAAGGGAGUGUGAGGAGAGAGGGGAGCUCACCGCUACUCUUACCCAGGCUAAGGCGCAGCUCCUGGGGCUGCGAGCCCCCAUCGCCCCCCUGGGACUUUCCAACCCCUCGCUCUCCCAGGACACACCCCCCCACCUGAACAUGGACCCCUCUCUCCCCCGUCUCCAGCUCGCCCGCUCCCCACAGGCUCCCCCAAACACUCUUAGACCCUCCCCCCCUCUCACGACCCGGGUUGGGCGAGACAGGGGGGGAUGGGGGAGGGAGGGGGGAGGUGGGGGGAGGAGUGUGGCAUCCUGGCAUGGCAGUGGGGGGAGAGAGGAGGAGAGGGGGGCAAGUAGAGGGGGAGGGGGGAUGCUGCCCAGACUAAGUGCUGGUGCUGUGAACGAGGUCAAGGAAAAGGUCAAGCUAGUGAUGGGGAGGAAGUAGGCUCUCUCACACACACACACACACACACACACACACACACACAGACACACACAGACACACACAGUCACACACAGACACACACAGUCACACACACACAGUCACACACACACACAGACACACACAGACACACACAGUCACACACAGACACACACAGUCACACACACACAGUCACACACACACACAGACACACACACACAGACACACACAGACACACACAGUCACACACAGACACACACACACACGCACACAGGAGACACAUCGGAUCCAGAAUCUGCACGCACAGCGGCAGGUGGACAAAGAAGUGCUACAGGACAUGCGGCACAAUGCUGUUUACAAACAAAACACACAGACACAUCCAGGCAACGAUGCUCACACACAAUGUCCCUCCCUAGACACAGCCUUCCUCCUGAACGCUCACGUUUUCUCACACACAAACAACCUCACUUCACUUAGCUGUCACGCACCUGCUUCCUCACACACCGUUUCUCACACACCCUUGCUGACACACACACUCCGUCAGAGGAGAGGGGAGGGGGGGGGCACGACAGCACAUCCCCUGCCACCCGUGGAGACAUACCAAGCCAAGAACUCUUUCACACGUAUACACACACACACAAACACACACACGCAAACACACACACACUGAGCUUUCUCUUUUGAUCUUGUGUUAUUGACAUCAUUCACUCCAUGCAAGGUCUUUCCAUCUCCCUCCCUCCCUCCUCUCCGUUUGGGAUAAGUUGGCACGGUCGCAGAAUAGGGAAGAGUGUGCGUGGCAUGGAACUCAUUUCCGUGGUUACUGGCACACAUGGAAAGCUUUUUGUCUGACCCCUCCCCCCUUCUCUCUCUCUAUACAUCUCUCUGUCUCACAUACACACAAGGACACACACUAUGUGCUUAUGGUUUGCUGCCAUUUACUUGUUUAAAACCACAAUGAUCGACACCCAUGAAUGCUAGUGUCCAUUUCCAGUCUCUCAACUAUGAUGAACAAUUCUGAGGAUGACAAGGCGUUUUCCGAGCUGUUUUGAUCGAUUAAAGAUUCAAUGAAAAUCUUUUGAUCAUUAUUUUGACUAUUAAUUCGACCACACUGGCAUCAGCAUACGCACAGGCGUUGUCUACCACUGGGGCUUGGAGCGUUACCACGUCGACAGGAUUUUGCGUAGGUGUGCUAUUUCUGUCCCACGAUAUUUGUAUUGUCUCCUCUGACAUUUUUCUGCCCUGUCACAUAUGCACGCAGUUGGCAUACAUCUGUGAAAUAUCCACCCUGCCUCCCUACUUGUUACACAUCCAUUGACAUGUAGGCCCAAGGGCAAGAUUCUAAUUGUGUACAUCUGUGUGUGUGUGUGUGUGGUAUGGCGAGCUCACACUCCUUCCAGAUGCACUCUCGACCUUUGACCUCUCCUUUCAUCCUCUCAACAGCCUCCUGUCUGACUUCCUGAUACCGUGACCUCCACUUCCUCCUCCUCGAGCUUUGAAGGUUGCUGGUCUUUCAACACCAGCCAGAAAGUCAUAAACACAGAACCUGACCUCUCUUUUAAAUGCCUCUUUCACCGUACGCUCUCUCCUUCAAAUCUCUUUCUCACCCACUCUCUAUCCCUUAAAUGUUUCCCUUUCGUUGUACCCUUCUAAUAAGCCCCUGGGUCUGUGUGUGUGUGUGUGAUGACAGUCUCAGUCCAGGUGAUGGAGAGUGCCGCAGUGUAAAAGGCCACCAGUGUUUCCGCCCAAACGGACCAUCGUAAAUCCCUAAACACAUCUAUUAACAUGGCUAUUAUGAAGUGUGACCUAUUAUGUUAGUGUAUUUUCUGAAUGUUCCCUCACCCUAGCGCACAGGCAGGUAUCCACUAGGAGAGAUCACAUCAUGUACAGAAUAAUUACCACAGAAUAACAGGCAUGCACCCGUGCCUUCUGGGAAUCUGUGUGACACAGAACGUACACACGGGAAUGUGUGUGUAUAAGUAACCCCCUGUUCGUCAUAGGGAGUCUUUAUGGCCGCAACGGAAUUCUUCCGUCCCGUGAGACCGCCCACACCCGUAAUUAGUGUUGUCCCGGAAACCAAAGAAAGAAUGCUCAGUAUUCUCGUAUCCGUGGUGACGGCGUACGUGUGUGGGCAAAAGGUGUUGGUGUAGAUGCAGGUUAGUGACACGGACAAUGACGCCUCAGUUUAGCAGCUCAAUGCCGUGCAUCUAUAAAAUGGUGCUUAUGUAUAUGCACGCACCA